GAUGGGGGCGAGCGCGGCGGCCGCCUAGGGCGCCCGGGACCAGCAGCCGCGGCGUCCGCCUUCCCGGCCGGGCCUCGCCCAGCGCAGCCUCCGCCCCGGCGGCCGGGCCCCCGCGGAGGGCAAGAUGGAAGAGAUCCUGAGGAAGCUGCAGAAGGAAGCGUCGGGGAGCAAGUACAAAGCCAUCAAGGAGAGCAGCACCUGGGCCCUGGAAACCCUGGGUGGUGUGGAUACUAUUGUCAAGAUUCCGCCACACUUGCUGAGGGAGAAAUGCCUGCUGCCUCUCCAGUUGGCUUUGGAAUCCAAGAACGUGAAGCUGGCCCAACAUGCCUUGGCAGGAAUACAGAAGCUUCUGGCAGAAGAGAGGUUUGUAUCCAUGGAAACCGACUCCGAUGAAAAGCAGCUGCUCAAUCAAAUCCUGAAUGCUGUGAAAGUGACGCCAUCCCUCAAUGAGGACCUGCAGGUGGAAGUGAUGAAGGUUUUACUGUGCAUCACCUACACCCCAACCUUUGACCUGAAUGGGAGUGCAGUAUUGAAGAUCGCAGAGGUGUGCAUUGAAACUUACAUAUGUAGCUGUCACCAGCGCAGCAUAAACACUGCUGUGCGGGCAACUCUCAGUCAAAUGCUGAGUGACUUGACUUUACAGUUACGACAAAGGCAGGAGAAUACGAUAAUCGAAAACCCGGAUGUCCCUCAGGAUCUCAGGAAUCAAGGGCUGACCGUGGAGGCUCUCUCCGAUGAUCUUGUCUCUGUGCUAACAGUUCUGUGUGAGAAGCUCCAAGCUGCCAUCAACAAUAGCCAGCAGCUUCAGCUCCUGUACCUGGAAUGCAUCCUCUCCAUCCUCAGCAGCUCGUCCUCCUGCAUGCACCUGCACCGAGGCUUCACGGACCUGAUCUGGAAAAAUCUUUGUCCUGCUCUCAUUGUCAUCCUGGGGAAUCCGGUCCACGACAAAACCAUCACCUCUGCCCACAGCAGCAGCACCAGCAGCAGCCUGGAGUCAGACUCGACCUCUCCGGGGGUGUCUGACCACGGCCGCGGCUCGGGCUGCUCCUCCACCGCGCCAGCCCUGAGCGGGCCCGUGGCGCGGACCAUCUAUUACAUCGCAGCAGAGCUGGUCCGGCUGGUGGGGUCGGUGGACUCCAUGAAGCCCGUGCUCCAGUCGCUCUAUCACCGCAUGCUGCUGUACCCCCCUCCCCAGCACCGGGUGGAGGCCAUCAAAAUCAUGAAGGAGCUGCUUGGGAGCCCUCAGCGUCUCUGUGACUUGGCAGGACCCAGUUCCACUGAACCAGAGUCCCGAAAAAGAUCCGUUUCAAAAAGGAAGUCUCAUCUGGAUCUCCUCAAACUCAUCAUGGAUGGCAUGACGGAAGCGUGCGUCAAGGGCGGCAUCGAAGCGUGCUACGCCGCUGUGUCCUGCGUCUGCACCUUGCUCGGGGCCUUGGACGAGCUGAGCCAGGGCAAGGGCAUGAGCGACGGGCAGGUGCAGCUGCUGCUUCUGCGCCUCGAGGAGCUCAAGGACGGGGCCGAGUCCAGCCGCGACUCGGUGGAGAUCAACGAGGCCGACUUCCGCUGGCAGCGGCGCGUGCUGUCGUCGGAACACACGCCCUGGGCCGCGGGGCACGAGCGGAGCCCCGACAUCAGCAUCAGUGUGACCACGGACACGGGCCAGACCACGCUGGAGGGCGAGCUGGGUCAGACGACCCCCGAGGACCACCCCAAAAACAGCCUCAAGUCUCCGGCCCUGCAGGAGGGCAAGGAGGCACUGAGCAAAGGCUCGGAGCCCGACGCCACCGUCGAUCAACCCGACGUGGUGCAGCGGAGCCACGUGGUGGCCUAUCCCGACAUCACCAACUUCCUAUCGGUGGACUGCAGAAUGAGGUCCUAUGGGUCCCGCUACAGCGAGAGCAAUUUCAGCGUGGACGACCAAGACCUCUCGCGGACCGAGUUUGAUUCCUGCGACCAGUACUCCAUGGCCGCAGAGAAGGACUCCGGGAGGUCCGACGUGUCGGACAUCGGCUCCGACAACUGUUCCCUGGCCGACGAGGAGCAGACCCCACGGGACUGCCUGGGCCACCGCUCCCUGCGGACAGCCGCCCUGUCUCUCAAGCUACUGAAGAACCAGGAGGCGGACCAGCACAGUGCCCGGCUCUUCGUGCAGGCACUGGAAGGCCUCCUUCCUCGCCUGCUGGCCCUUCCCAGCGUGCAAGAGGUGGACGCGGCCCUCCAGAGCUUCGCCUCAACCUUCUGCUCAGGCAUGAUGCGCUCUCCUGGGUUUGAGGGUGGCAGCAGCCUGAGCCUGCAGAUGCUGAUGAACGCAGACAGCCUGUACACGGCCGCACACUGCGCUCUGCUGCUCAACCUGAAGCUCUCGCAUGCCGAUUACUACCGGAAACGGCCCCCUCUGGCACCGGGCAUGAUGAAAGAGUUCAUGAAGCAGGUGCAGACCAGCGGGGUGCUGAUGGUCUUCUCCCAGGCCUGGAUCGAGGAGCUGUACCAUCAGGUACUGGAACGGAACAUGCUGGGAGAAGCUGGCUACUGGGGCAGCCCUGAGGACAACAGCCUUCCCCUCAUCACUAUGCUGACCGACAUCGAUGGCUUAGAGAGCAGUGCAAUUGGUGGCCAGCUGAUGGCCUCGGCUUCCCCGGAGUCUCCCUUCACCCAAGGCAGGAGAAUUGAUGAGUCCACUGUGGCAGGUGUGGCGUUCGCUCGCUACAUUCUAGUUGGCUGCUGGAAGAACUUGAUCGAUACUUUAUCAACCCCGCUGACUGGCCGUAUGGCAGGAAGCUCCAAAGGGCUGGCCUUCAUUCUGGGGGCUGAAGGCAUCAAAGAGCAAAACCAAAAAGAACGCGAUGCUAUCUGCAUGAGCCUUGAUGGGCUGCGGAAAGCAGCACGGCUCAGCUGUGCGCUAGGCGUCGCAGCUAACUGUGCCUCAGCCCUGGCCCAGAUGGCAGCUGCCUCCUGUGUGCAGGAAGAAAAAGAGGAAAAGGAAGCCCAGGAACCCAGUGACACCAUAGCACAAGUGAAGCUGAAGGUGGAGCAGAAACUGGAGCAGAUCGGGAAGCAGCAGGGUGUGUGGCUGCACACCGCCCACGUCUUGUGCAUGGACGCCAUCCUCAGUGUGGGCCUGGAGAUGGGAAGCCACAACCCAGACUGCUGGCCACACGUGUUCAGGGUGUGUGAGUACGUGGGCACCUUGGAGCACACCCACUUCAGCGACGGCACCUCGCAGCCCCCUCUGACCAUCAGCCAGCCCCAGAAGGCCUCGGGAGGCACUGGGCUGCUCGGGGACCCUGAGUGUGAAGACUCAGCCCAGGAGCAGAGCCUGGAGCAGGAGAACACACUGCACAUGGCGCCUGUGCUCCAACCUCUGUCCAUCCAAGAGCUCGUCAGAGAAGGCAGCCGGGGCCGGGCCUCUGACUUCCGUGGGGGUAGCCUCAUGACGGGCAGCAGCGCCGCCAAGGCCGUGCUCACGCUCUCCACGCAGGCUGACAGGCUCUUUGAAGACGCUACGGACAAGUUGAACCUGAUGGCGUUGGGAGGUUUCCUUUACCAGCUGAAGAAAGCCUCGCAGUCUCAGCUUUUCCACUCUGUCUCGGAUACAGUGGAUUACUCUCUGGCCAUGCCAGGAGAGGUAAAAUCCACCCAAGACCGCAAAAGUGCCCUCCACCUGUUCCGCCUGGGGGACGCCAUGCUGAGGAUCGUGCGGAGCAAGUCCCGGCCACUGCUGCAUGUGCUGCGCUGUUGGAGCCUGGUGGCCCCACACCUGGUGGAGGCCGCCUGCCAUAAGGAAAGACAUGUAUCCCAGAAGGCCGUAUCCUUCAUCCACGAUAUACUGACAGAGGUCCUCACCGACUGGAACGAGCCACCUCACUUCCACUUCAACGAGGCCCUCUUCCGACCCUUCGAGCGGAUCAUGCAACUGGAGUUGUGUGAUGAGGACGUCCAAGACCAGGUCGUCACCUCAAUUGGUGAGCUGGUUGAAGUGUGUUCCACCCAAAUCCAGUCGGGAUGGAGGCCCUUGUUUAGUGCCCUGGAGACAGUGCACAGUGGGAACAAGUCUGAGGUGAAGGAGUACCUGGUUGGCGAUUACUCCAUGGGAAAAAGCCAAGCUCCCGUGUUUGAUGUAUUUGAAGCUUUUCUCAAUACCGACAACAUCCAGGUGUUUGCAAAUGCAGCCACUAGUUACAUCAUGUGCCUUAUGAAGUUUGUCAAAGGACUGGGGGAGGUGGACUGUAAAGAGAUUGGAGACUGUGUCGCCGGACCCGGAACCACGUCUCCAGACCUGUGCCUCCCUGCCCUGGAUUAUCUCAGGCGCUGUUCCCAGUUACUGGCGAAGAUCUACAAGAUGCCCUUGAAGCCGAUCUUCCUCAGCGGGCGGCUGGCGAGCUUGCCGCGAAGGCUUCAGGAACAGUCUGUGAGCAGCGAGGAUGGCAUUGAGUCGGUCCUGUCUGACUUUGACGACGACACUGGCUUAAUAGAAGUCUGGAUCAUCCUGCUGGAACAGCUCACAGCAGCUGUUUCCAACUGUCCCCGUCAACACCAACCGCCAACCUUGGAUUUACUCUUUGAGCUGUUGAGAGAUGUUACUAAAACACCUGGCCCAGGGUUUGGUAUCUAUGCAGUGGUUCAUCUUCUCCUGCCUGUGAUGUCCCUUUGGCUCCGUCGGAGUCACAAAGACCAUUCCUACUGGGACGUGGCCUCUGCUAACUUCAAGCAUGCCAUCGGCCUGUCCUGUGAGCUGGUGGUAGAGCACAUUCAGAGCUUCAUCCACUCAGACAUCAGGUAUGAGAGCAUGAUCAACACCAUGCUGAAGGACCUCUUUGAGUUAUUGGUGGCUUGUGUGGCCAAGCCCACGGAAACCAUCUCCAGAGUGGGCUGCUCCUGCAUCAGGUAUGUCCUCGUGACAGCGGGCCCAGUGUUCACGGAGGAGAUGUGGAGACUCGCGUGCUGUGCCCUGCAGGACGCCUUUACCGCCACACUCAAGCCAGUGAAGGAUCUGCUGGGUUGCUUCCACAGUGGCACUGAGAGCUUCAGUGGCGAAGGCUGCCAGGUGAGGGUGGCUGCGCCCUCCUCCUCCCCCAGUGCCGAGGCCGAGUACUGGCGCAUCCGAGCCAUGGCUCAACAGGUAUUUAUGUUGGACACCCAGUGUUCACCCAAGACUCCAAACAACUUUGAUCAUGCUCAGUCCUGUCAGCUCAUUAUUGAGCUUCCUCCUGACGAGAAGCCAAAUGGACACACCAAGAAAAGUGUGUCCUUCCGGGAAAUCGUGGUGAGCCUCCUCUCCCACCAAGUGCUCCUGCAGAACCUCUACGACAUCCUGCUGGAGGAGUUCGUGAAAGGCCCGUCCCCGGGCGAGGACAAGAGCCUGCCGGGCCCCGACGCCAAGCUGGCCGGCUUCCUCCGCUACAUCUCCAUGCAGAACCUGGCCGUCAUCUUCGACCUGCUGCUGGACUCCUACCGCACGGCGCGCGAGUUCGACACCAGCCCGGGCCUCAAGUGCCUGCUGAAGAAGGUGUCGGGCAUCGGGGGCGCCGCCAACCUGUACCGCCAGUCGGCUAUGAGCUUCAACAUCUACUUCCACGCGCUCGUGUGCGCCGUGCUCACCAACCAGGAGACCAUCACGGCCGAGCAGGUGAAGAAGGUGCUCUUCGAGGACGAGGAGCGCAGCAGCGACUCGUCGCAGCCGUGCUCGUCGGAGGACGAGGACAUCUUCGAGGAGACGGCGCAGGUGAGCCCCCCGCGGGGCAAGGAGCAGCGGCAGUGGCGGGCGCGGCUGCCCUCGCUCAGCGUGCAGCCCGUGAGCAACGCCGACUGGGCCUGGCUGGUCAAGCGGCUGCACAAGCUGUGCAUGGAGCUGUGCAACCACUACAUCCAGAUGCACCUGGACCUGGAGAGCAGCCUGGACGACGCGCCGCUCUUCAAGAGCGACCCCUUCUUCAUCCUGCCCUCCUUCCAGUCCGAGUCGCCCACGCCCUCCACCGGGGGCUUCUCGGGCAAGGACACCCCGUCCGAGGACGAGCGCAGCCAGCUGCGGGAACACCUGGGCGACGCGCUGAGCCUGCGCGGGGACCUGCUGCUGCUGCCGCCCAGCCCCAAGGGUGGCGACAGGAAGGAGCCCGGGCGCAAGAAGGAGUGGUGGGAGAACGCGGGCAACAAGAUCUGCACCAUGGCAGCCGACAAGACCAUCUCCAAGCUCAUGACCGAGUACAAGAAGAGGAAGCAGCAGCAGCAGCAGCAGCACAACCUGCCCGCCUUCCCCAAGGAGGCCAAGGCGGAGAAGAAGGGGGAGCCCGCGCUCGGUGGCCCGCGGGGACCCGAUUCGCCGCUGUUGCAGCGGCCCCAGCACUUGAUGGACCAGGGCCAGAUGCGACACUCGUUCAGCGCCGGCCCCGAGCUGCUGCGCCAGGACAAGAGGCCGCGCUCGGGCUCCACCGGCAGCUCCCUGAGCGUGUCGGUGAGAGAUGCCGAGGCGCAGAUCCAGGCAUGGACCAACAUGGUGCUAACAGUUCUCAAUCAGAUUCAGAUCCUCCCAGAUCCGACCUUCAUGGCCCUGCAGCCAGCUGUGUUCCCGUGCAUCAGCCAGCUGACCUGUCACGUGACUGAUAUCCGGGUUCGCCAGGCUGUGAGAGAAUGGCUGGGCCGCGUGGGUCGGGUCUAUGACAUCAUUGUGUAAGAAGACUCCCGUUGCUGGAAAUUAUGACUGUGAGGGUUCAAGUAUACCUGCAGCCCAUCUGAUCACAUUCUCUCCACCAUCCGUUCCACUCAAACCAGUGAUGCUCCAUCCGCCCCUCCCUACCCAUUCAGCGUGGGGGCCAUGCUGGAUAC